UGGGAGAUAUGUGCGCAUUGACAACUAAUAUUUUAAUGUAAUCUGCAGGCUUAUGGCUAAUGAUGGGAAGAUGAAGCUGAAGGCAAUGCUUCUAAUCCAUUCCUCUUCAGAAAUACAUUCUAGAAAACUUCAGAACUUUGGUCUGAUUUCUAUUCUUGAUUAUACUUGCAAUGCCAUUCCAAAUCAGCCUGGAAAGUGGUGUUCUUAUGUUGUUAUAGAUUUCACAGGAAAUGCAUUGUCGCACCUAGCAAGUGAACAAGUUUGCCUCGCUUGGUCUAGAACGAGCUCCCCUCGGGUCAAGAGUGCAUCGAGCAUAUCCAAAAACCAGGGACAUAAAAGGUCAUCUCAUUGUGGAGCUCUUCAUCUGCUUGACAGACUUUCAUUGAUUUGUUUUUUUAUUUUGAAGCCUUCCAUUGUAGAUUUUAGUUUUUACGGUCAGGUUUGCAAGUCAGAUAAAUAAUGUUUCAAAUUACAUCAUGGUUGUUUUUACUAUCUUUUGAUUCUUAAAUGAUUAUGGCUUAAAUAUA